UCGACGGACGAGAUUGGGUCCUAGUCUCCAGCCAAACCAAGAACACGAGAAGAAAGAAAGAAACAACCUGAAUGGGAUAUGAUGAUCUUGUUUCCUAAUAAUCUCUUCUGUGAAAACUAGAGAAAUUUGCUGUGUGGUUCCGAACAAAACCCUUCAAUGGAAGCGUAUAAGCAGUGGGUGUGGAGAAACAGAGAGUAUGUGCAUUCCAUGGGAUCUCUUGCCAACGGAUUGACAUGGCUGCUUCCUGAGAAGUUUUCAGCUUCAGAGAUUGGACCCGAAGCAGUUACGGCUUUUCUAGGCAUAUUCACAACCAUCAACGAACACAUCAUUGAAACUCUUCCUACCGCCCCUGCUCAUGUUGGACCUUCCGGGACAGAUUCAUCAUCCCUCUCUUACCCCCUGCUCAUCUCCAUCCUCAAGGACUUGGAAACCGUUGUGGAAGUAGCCGCUGAACACUUCUACGGAGACAAGAAAUGGAACUUUAUCAUCCUCACUGAAGCUAUGAAGGCUAUGAUUAGGUUAGCCUUGUUUCGGAACACUGGGUAUAAGAUGCUUCUUCAUGGUGGGGAGACACCUAACGAUGACAAAGAUCCUAACCAACCCGAGUUGCAGAACAGACCUGGUCAUUUGGAUAGGAAUCAUCGUCUUGGAAACCAACAAAAUCAUUGGAACCUGGAAGGACGGGCGAUGUCUGCUUUGAGUUCAUUUGGUCAGAACGCAAGAACAUCACCAACAGCAUUAUCUCCCACCUCGGGUUGGUCUCGUAGGAUUCAACACCAGCAAGCGGUUAUUGAGCCUGUGGUGAUCAAGGAGAAGCGAAGAACUCUCUCCGAGCUAGUAUCUGAGAAGGGUGUGAAAGGAGCGUUGUUUGUAUUAGGUGAGGUUCUUUUCAUAACGAGACCGCUCAUCUACGUUCUCUUUAUAAGAAGAUAUGGAGCCCGGUCUUGGAUUCCUUGGGCUAUAUCUCUUUCUGUGGACGCACUGGGGAUGGGGAUUGUAUCAAAUCUAAAGCUGUGGGGAGAGCAGAGCAAGCAAAUCAAUUUCUCUCAACCUGAAAGGGACGAGCUUAGGAGAAGGAAGCUUCUAUGGGCAUUGUACCUAAUGAGAGAUCCAUUCUUCACCAAGUACUCAAGGCAGAAGCUGGAAAGCUCUCAGAAGAGAGUGGAACCAGUUCCAUUGAUCGGCUUCCUCACAGAGAAAAUUGUGGAGCUUUUGGUGGGAGCUCAGUCACGGUACACUUACAUAUCGGGAUCUUGAGUGGCUUGUUAGAUCUUCGAAGGCUCGUGCAAAGAUUCGUAGGGAAAGUUUCAGUCUUUGUAAGAAGUGGCGUUUAUUAUUGCAGUUAGGACCAUACAAUCACAUAAAAGAUGUAGUUUGAUGAUGAGCUGUUUAUGUCUAAACAAUUGGACCCAUACAAAUAAAUGGAACAAUCAACCUUUAGUA